CAACACCUGGAAGCAGAACAAUCGCCGCCCAAUCCCAUCGCCGCCCCUCUCCGCUACACCCGCCGCACCCUGCACAUGCACAAUGGCCGACCGCUUUCCCUCGCUCGACGAGAUUGAUGCUGGCCAGACCGAGGCGCGUGGCGAUGCAACAAACUUCGACCUCGUUGGCGACGCAGACAACACGGACGACUUCCUCUCGCGCGAGCGCGCGCUCCUGGGCGACGACGCGGACCAGUUUGCUUCGGAAAACGACCGGACGGCCACGGUCGAGGAUGGCGACGACGACCUCUUGGGCGGCGGCUUCAGCCAGGCCCCGGCCGGCGGCGACGACAUGAGCGGCUUCGAGAGCUCCUUCCCCGCCAUUGACACCAGCAACGAGCACAUGGCCCCUGGUGGCACCAUUUCCGGCUCAACCCUGCCCUUCCUCCCCGGCCAGCCAGCGCCAUCCUUCACGCCCCAGCGGUCAGACUCGCCAGAGCCAGAGCCAAUUCGCGAAUGGCGCGAGCGUCGCGACCUCCAGAUCCAGCACCGCGACGAAGUGUCCAACGAGCGCAAACAGAGAACCAUCGCCGAGGCACAGCAAAACAUUGACGACUUCUACGAGAACUACAACAACAAAAAGGAAAAGGAGAUUGCAAAGACACGGAAAGAAGCCGACGACUUUCUUGCAAACCGAGACGACACUACUGCGGGCGGUACAAGCUGGGAGCGCAUUGCGAAGCUGGUCGAUUUGAGCGGAAAGAGCACCAAGGGCGGUGCGUCGGGCAGCGACAAGGCCCGUUUCCGAGAGCUACUGCUCAGUCUGAAGAAGGACGAAAAGGCACCUGGCGCGACUGGAUACUAGGUGAGGGAGACGGUUGGAUGGUCGUGUGUUUUCGGAGCUCAGGCCAGGUUUGGCAAAUGCAAACGUUUCCAAUCCAAGCCAGGAGUUCAUGGAUAGGUUGCAGGUUCUUUGAUGCAGCUGUGUUAAUACCUAUUGUCAGCUUUGGAAAGGGUGCUCUAAAAGUUUCGGCUGAUUACAGUCAUAGUUGCCGAGACCAUGAAUGAUUCAAGUGUGGUUGUCACACAGUUAUGACUUGUUUACCGAGUGAUGUAUAGACCUCUAAUUGUCCGUCCAGAUAGCCGUGACAUUCGAUUAGUCUAUCUCAUUGACCGGG